AUGUCUCUCCAGGACAAGAUUGCCGUUGUGACCGGAGCUUCGCGUGGCAUUGGUGCUGCAAUUGCUAAAGCCUACGCUAAGGAAGGUGCACACGUGGCUAUCGUCUAUGCCUCACCCUCGAGUACCCAACAGGCAGAGGCUGUCAAGAAAGAGAUUGAAGAGCUAGGCCGCAAAGCAAUCUUGAUUCAGACAGAUCUGAUCAAGCCAGACUGCGGAGACGUCGUGUUACGAGAGACGUUGAAAGGCUUCAACACUGAGACCAUCGACAUUCUGGUCUCAAAUGCUGGCAUAUACAAAGAGAACCACACACUAGAGUUCGAUGCGGACCUCUUUGACAGAACAAUGGCGAUCAAUGUCCGGGCUCCGGCAUCACUGGUCAAGUCAAUCGCUCCCGCCAUGCCCAGAGGCGGCCGCAUCGUUGUCAUCUCUUCCAUGGCAGCCACCUGGGCGGCCCCCAAUAUGGACAUCUACAGUGCGAGCAAGGCAGCUAUCAAUGCAAUGAUGAAGUGCUGGGCCAUCUCAUUGGGCAAAUCUCACGGUAUCACCGCCAAUGCUAUCAACCCUGGUUUCUUCCCUACAGACAUCAACGCUCACUUUUCGGAUGAACUAUUGGAGAUGUUCAAGAACAAGCAGGCUGUUGAUCAUCGUCUGGCUGAUAUGGAUGACAUGACUGGUUUGGCUGUCUUCUUGGCCAGUGAGCAGUCUAGAUGGAUCACUGGAGAGACUAUCGAAUGUUCUGGAGGUUCGGCACUAGGGUAG